CUAUCACAGUGUUACAGUGGACAACCAGGGAAAAACGGUAUUCCUGGGAUGCAUGGCAUGCCAGGAUCUCCUGGGGCACCUGGCCGUGAUGGACGUGACGGAACCAAAGGAGACCGAGGCAGUCCGGGAAAGGCUGGCCUUCAAGGAAACAAAGGCUCAAAGGGAGAGUCUGGUGUCCAGGGUCCCACAGGUCAAAAGGGAAAGCGAGGGGAAAAAGGCAAGAGUGGAAAUGCAGGGGUGUCUCAGCUUUCCUCGCAUAUGAACUGGAAAGAAUGUACAUGGAAGAGAGGAAACGGUAUAGACUCGGGAGUGAUCCAAGUAAGAGUAACCUAACAAUUAAUGAUCUUCGCAAUCUUUGUCUUUAGCAUCAAAAGGUUACUGACAAAAGCAGCAGCAUUUUCUUAUGGAGCAAAGAGUUACUAGGAUCGAGUAAUUUAUCAAUGGAUUUGUGACAACUUUACUGGUAACCAUGGAAUUGUAUCAUUAACUGCCUUGAAGAUAGUUUUUGAGUUUCAAGGUAAUCAAGUCUCCAAUUUUUGUGGCGAAAGAUAAAUAGGUACAAGACACACUAAUUCUUGGAUGUUGUAACUAUAUUUACCCGUCAGAAUCAUUUUCUCUGCACAGAACUGCGAGUUCAUGAAGAAAUUCGCAGACACUUCCCUCCAUGUCUACUUUGCUGGUACCCUCAGGAUUUAUGGAUGUGACCGCUGCUGUGGCCGUUGGUAUUUCACUUUCAAUGGCGCUGAGUGCAGCUCUCCUGGAUCGAUUGACGGCGUGUUUUACAUGCAAACUGGCAAGAACCACAAUCUUCAUCGUCACCGCCACAUUGAAGGUCACUGUAACAACAUUCACAACGGAAAGGUGCGAGUGGGGUUCUGGGUUGGAAGCUGCAACAGUGGCGAUAAGAGAAUGCUGAUGCGUACACAGGCUGGGCCACAAUGUCCCGGAUCUUCAUCGAAGAGGUGUCAAAGGCUCAGC